CAGAUUAGGGUUUAUCCAGCGUUGUCAGCUACUUAUACGGAUGCCGCCCCCUGCUCUAAUACAGUAACCUCAGGGCAAGAUGAUCGAGAGAUCUGAUUCGCUGUUUUUCCGUCAAUCCGCUCACUGUAUACACCGAUCUCUCUUCGGUCUAUGUGGAUCGGAUCAUAACAUGUUGAUUCUUCAUAGGGAUUGAUGGCACCGAAGAAGUGGUGGACAUCUAAGGAAGAAGAAGCCUUGAAAGCUGGUGUUAAAGAAUAUAAAGCUGGAAACUGGAAAGAUAUUCUUAAAGAUCCACGAUUUGCUUCUAUACUGGCUAAUCGAACGAAUAUCGAUCUCAAGGACAAAUGGCGAAAUCUAAAUGGAGGUGGUUGUGUGUCUGCCGGCAGAAGGAAAGCUAGUACUUCUCGCCCGCCAGAUAAGAGAAUAGUCCUAAAGUACAAGUACAAGACAAUGAUUUACGAGUAUCUCAAAUACAUUGAAGAUCCCAAUGGAACUGAUCUCGAUACGAUGAUGAACUUUCUUAAGUCAAAGUAUGAGUUACAAAGUAUCUUUAAAAAAUCAUUUAAUGCAGCGCUCAAAGCACUUGAGUUGAAAGGAUACAUUAAGAAGGUGAAUGACCGCUACUACAAGGUCAACGGUACGUCUUCUUCGGGUGCUAAAACAUCCCGACAAGAGGAUGUUAGGACAAAUACUUGAUAGAUGUUGUUUCCCCCACAUCAACCCUGUAGGGAAAGUGGAAUUGUGAAGACUUUCAGAUCUCUCCAUCCACAAGAUUUAAAUGUUGUAGCUAGUAUCUUCUUAGAGAUUUUUGUGCUUGAAGAGCUAGGCUGAUUAUUCAACCUAGGAGUUCUAAUUGUAACAUGUUGAUUGCUCAUAAUGUUUUCAUUUUUGUUUACUUCUUCA